AUGGCCUCUCUCACAAUUGGCCCACUCCUGGGCAAGGCUAGAAAGAGGGCAGCACAGCCAGGCAUAAUAAGGAUAUUAGCUCAAUCAGAUGAAGGCUCGUUUUUCCAACUCCGACAGGGCUCAAAAAAGAGCCAGAGAAAAGUCACACCCUAUGACGAGGACCUUGAUACAGCUGACAAAGAAGAACAACUGCGCCUUUCACUCCAGCGCGGACCCAGCCAGAUCAUCAGUGCAUAUGAGACGAACUCGGAGAGGUUCGGGGAUCGAUUUCCACGUGGUGAUGACCUCGCCCAGAGUUCCCUCACGCAUACCCUUCUCAUUCUCAAUGCAGGUUUAAGACGAAUAAUGUCCUCCAUCAUGCCAAACGACAGAAGAAACGAUGAACUGGCACGUCGGUCCUUACUGAACCUGUCCGAGAGAUCAGCACGAGAUGUUGUAAAUUCACUGGAAGACCUUCGUCAACGAUUGAUGACCUCCUCCAUGGGGUCUCCCCAGUCUGGACUGUUACCGCGAGAUAGAGAGUCAAUUUCGAGGCGGCAUAGUGGUGCAGCUAAGAAGGAAGCCCCUCUAAGGCAGCAGCAGCAAGUUCCACGGAAGAGAGACAAGGACAAAGACAAAGGCCAGCCGAAAGGAAGUCACAAAGAUGCCAUUGCUGCCGGAAGAUCGAAACCAUCUCUUUCAUCAGUGGCGGGUUCAGAUAGCCAUCCCUGCCAGGACGUUGUGCGUGGUGCAUGGGUUCGCACCAGAAACGGCUCCUCGUCGCCGGUGACGGUAAUCACAUCACAUGCCCUCAAGAUUCAGCCAAAGACAGCAGGAACCACAAUAACCUAG